AUGCUCGGCGGCGUCGUCAGCGGCUCGCCCUCCCGCCUCUCGCCAGUCGCCUCGCCUCCGGUCCUCCGCACACCGGCCGGCGACCUUGCGUGCGCGCCUCCCUCUCCCCUCCCGCCUCCGGUGGACCGUCGACGGCGCCCGGCCCCGGCGGCUGCGCUGCGCACCGCGCGCCACGCGCGGCCGGCGGGCAGCGGGAGCCAGCAGCCGCUGCUCCACCAAGGGCUGUCGCACCGCUUUGGGAGUGAUUAUGCCCCAAAGCGAAGCACUUGGAGCAAGCCUCUCAACAUGUCGUGGGCCGCAAUCGAGAAUGAUCCUGGUGUUUUUACAGAACUGUUGCAGCAGAUGCAACUGAAGGGUCUUCAAGUUGAUGAACUCUACUCACUUGACCUGGAUGCUCUCAAUGAUCUUCAGCCAAUAUAUGGGCUAAUAGUGCUAUACAAAUGGCGACCUCCAGAAAAGGAUGACCGUCCUGUCAUCAAGGAUGCAAUCCCAAACCUUUUCUUUGCCAACCAGAUAAUUAACAAUGCGUGUGCAACCCAAGCUAUCCUUUUGGUUCUCUUGAACUCUCCUGGCAUCACCCUUAGUGAUGAACUUAAAAAGCUGAAGGAAUUUGCAAAGGAUUUGCCACCUGAGCUCAAAGGAUUGGCUAUAGUCAAUUGUGCAAGCAUUCGCAUGCUAAACAACUCGUUUGCAAGGUCAGAGGUCUCUGAGGAGCAGAAACCACCUAGCAAGGAUGAUGAUGUAUAUCAUUUCAUAAGCUAUGUUCCAGUGGAUGGCGUCCUGCUAGCGCAGCCUGUGAUUAAAGAGCACAUUGACCUGUUCUCUCAGAAUGAGAUAAGAUUCAGUGUGAUGGCAAUCUUAAAGAACCAGAAGGAGAUGUACACGGUGGAGCUCAAAGACCUCCAGAGGAAGAGGGAGAGCCUCUUGCAACAGAUGGGCGAUCCUUCUGCGAUUAGGCACGUGCCAUCUGUUGAGCUGUCACUGGCGGAGGUGGCAGCUCAGAUUGAGUCUGUGACGGAGAAGAUCAUAAUGGAGGAAGAGAAGAUGAAGAAGUGGAAGACGGAGAACUUGAGGAGAAAGCAUAACUACGUGCCAUUCCUGUUCAAUUUCCUCAAGAUUCUUGAGGAGAAGCAGCAGUUGAAGCCCCCUGAGAGAGAAGGCAAAGGCGAAGCAGAAGUCUCACGGCCCAGUCCUAGGUGA